UUACAUAAAAUAGAGAAAUGAAGGGGAGAUUCUUCAUCUUGUCAGCAUCUCCAUCAUUCUUCGAAUCGUCACCGAGAUGACAGAACUUCAAUUCCAAAAAUUCCGAAAAACCGAAGAAGUUUGUGUUAAAACUGCUUCCACCGGUGCAAGCAAUGACAGUUCGUUGUGCUAUGUGAGCUUGCAAGACAUUCGAGACGUGUUUCCAGAUGCACAGCGAUUCAAAUUGGAUGGAGAUCUCAUUCCAUUUCUUUUAGACGCUGAUGGCAACAAGAUCGAACCACCACGUAUUGCAUUCUAUCCUGACAAGGUCUUGGAUGUCAUUACAGAGGUACCACAGUCCAGCAACAGUAACAAAUCUCUUACUGUCCAUAAUAAUAAGGAUUUCAGCUCUUACUCUGACGAGAUUAAGGAGUGGAUGGUCAAGAUCGAGAAUAAGGGCGACAUGAUCCUUACACUACAAGGCAAGAUGGACAAGGUACAAGUAGAGAUGCAUAUAAUGCAACUGGAGAUGCGUAAAAUGCAACUGGAGCUAAAAGAGAAGACCGAUGAGGUGAUCAAAUUGCAAUUGGAAGCUAAGAAGAAGGACGACAAGUUACUUGAAAUGCAACAACAAGCACUCGACAGACUUGUCAUUCUUCAACAGAAAGCUGAAGCUAUCCUUGCCCAGACCUUUGAGUUACACGAGUAUCCGAUUCCUCGGCUGUUUAUCGUUUUGCCUAUCGACCGCACCAAGUGGGACCCAAUGAAUGUCUUGAGGAACAAGGUCCGCCUUCAUUUCCUAUGCGAAUGUGGAGAUCACGACGCCGUAAAAGCAAUUAAGAACCGUCAGAACCAAGUCCAUCUUGCCAGGCAUGAAGGAUAUGAGAUCCGAGACAGCACGGAGUUCUUUCGCAAGUAUGGGAAUUACAUGGUCAUCCUUUUACAGUGCCUCAAGAUAGGAAUGCCCUUGGCCACCUCUCUAGGGCCAGCCCCUAGCCUCAAAGCGAGCAUCGAUUACUCACUCGACUAUAUGAAAGCGCUCUCGGUUGAGUAUCCAGUCUUGAGCAACAUCAAUACAAUCGAGGACUGUGAAGCACUUGAGGGAGCAGAUCUCCGAGGGCUGAACAAAUUCCUCCAAAUCAAUGAUGAGGAUGGCAAGCUUGGCAACUUGUACAGGAUCAGAACAGAAGCAGGCCAUAUCAAAUGGGUUUGCCUUGACCACCAUCGUUCACCUUUUAAAGAGAAAGAGCAGGAAGCGUUUGUAAAAACAGUAGAGAUGAAUGGUGGCAAAUAUGAUUCGCACCUUGGCAAAGUAGUUAUCAAAUUGCAUUCCAUAACCGCGGCGGAUGAGUUUUUCAGUGCUCUAACCAAUGCAAAACAUAUUUACGAGUUGGACAUCACAUUCGAGUGGGAUUGGUCCAAGACUUAUCUUGAAGCACUCGAGAAUGCUUUAAGAAUUUCAAGUGUAUCGAUUCUUCGGCUUGAUCUUGGAAGUUCUCAAGAAAGCAUUACCAGGAAAUUACUCUUAACAAAUACGAAAUAUGAAAAAAUUAUUCGUAUCAUAGAACUUAAAAACAUAAAAGCAAUCCAUAUUAUACUACCUCCGGAUCUCGUCAAGCUUUCCAGCUUACCAAACAAAAAAUCGCGACACCACCAUGAGUUAUUCUUUGAGAUGAGACCUCGAGAGAUUGGAGCAAGUGACUUUCGUUUGCUUGUAAAUUCACUCAAAAGCAACGCGACCUUGACUACUUUAGACUUGAGGGACAACUCGAUCGGGAAUGAAGGAGCUCUGGUACUCUCAGAGGCACUCAAGGCAAAUGCCACUUUGACAAGUUUGGGCUUGAGGUGUAACUUAAUUGGGGAUGAAGGGGCCUAUGCAUUAUCAGAGGCACUAAAGGCCAAUACGACUUUAGCCAUUAUGGACUUGCGGGGCAACGCAAUUACGAAGGAAGGAGCCCUAGUAUUGUUAGAUGCACUCAAGACUAGCUCGACUUUGAAAACUUUGGGCUUGCGGGAAAGCUUAAUUACGGGAGAACUAUCAGAGGCACUCAAGGGUAACACAGUCUCAACCACUUUGGAUGUGAGAUGUAGAUCAAUUGGGAAUGAAAUGGCCCUUGCACUCUCAGAGGCUCUCAAGAUAAACAGGACUUUGACAGCUUUGGACUUGGGGAGGAACUCAAUUGGGAACGAAGGGACUUUAGCUAUAUCAGAGGCACUCAAGGUAAACGCAACUUUGGCUAUUUUGGGCUUGAGUUACAACUCAAUUGGGAAGGAAGGAGCCCUGACACUCUCAGAAGUACUCAAGGUAAACACGACCCUGACUACUUUGGACUUGGAGAGAAACUCAAUUAGGAAUGAGGGGGCUCUGGCACUCUCAGAGGCACUUAAGACAAACACAACUCUGAGUAAUUUGAACUUGAGUUGGAAUUCAAUUGGGGAUGAAGGCGAACUGGAGCUGUCUGAAACGCUCAGAUCAAGAACUGGACAGGACAGCACACGUGCAUUUACUUUGCUUUAUUAG